AUGAUGGUUCUUCAGAUAGGUUCUCGAGUUGCCUUUUUUGUGUUAUAAAGUAUCUGUUUUUGAUGAACUGGUUCAUGUAAGGAAUACGACUCUUGGUAUAUUAGGUUCUGCAGAAAUGGACGACACGGAGGAUGAUGCGAGGUAUCCUCCAAACUCUUACCCUGUAAAUUACCAUCAAAAUUCCAGUUCAUCGCAUCGUCCAAAGCUUCCGGUUCGCAACUCCUCUUAUGCGCAACCUGUUGAUAAUGAAUAUGGUGACGAAGAUGAUGAAGAAGAGGAACAAGAAGAAGAAGAGGAAGAACAAGAAGAACAACAAGAGGAAGAAGAGGAAGAAGAGGAAGAAGAAGAGGAAGAAGAGGAAGACGAAGAAAAUGGUGCCCAGCGAGUUGUAGGAGAAGCUGAGAUCGAUGAAGACGAAGAAGAUGAUGAUGAGCGAAACAAUUAUCACCGAAGGAUUGAAUUACAUGGGGAGGAUUCUGAAAGGCAUAGAAAGAAACGGAAGCUCAAGAAUCUAGCUUUAGGUUAUGAGUUUGCCCCACGGGUAGCAGCGCCUUCUGCUGCUCCUGCAGCUCCUCCCAUGAAACAAUCUUUUGGUGCCCGGAAUUCUCCAGCUGAUUGGACAGAACAUGGGACUUUUGUUUUAUUGGAUGCCUGGGGUGAUCGAUUUCUUCAGCUUGGGAGAAAGAGUCUUCGUUCUGAUGAAUGGCAUGAAGUUGCCAAUAAGGUCUCAGAAGAGUCAAAUAUUGUUAGGACAGAUACUCAGUGUCGCAAUCGUCUGGAUACAUUAAAGAAGAAAUACAAGAAGGAGAAGAUGAGAUUAGCAGAAACUGGCGGUACCACCAGUAAAUGGGUUUAUUUCAAGAAAAUGGAUAUGCUAAUGACAGCAUCACCACGGCAACCUGGGCUCUCUUGUGGUUUGGAUUCAGGAGAGUAUGUGUUCAUGAAUCCUAGGGUUUAUUUAAAUCGGUCUAAUGGUUUGGAUGAGAUGAGGGACAGUCCCGGGAACUCGGAAUCUGCAAACGGUGAUGAGGAUGACUCGGAUGGACUUCCACCUAAGAGGACAAGAUUUAAAGAGGAUGGCGAUGAUGGGUCUUCUUUUAGGUUGCUUGCCAAUUCCAUUCAGAAGUUUGGUGAGAUAUAUGAGAAGAUUGAGAACAGUAAGAGGCAACAAAUGCUAGAAUUGGAGAAAAUGCGUGUGGAUUUCCAUAGAGAUUUAGAAUUGCAGAAGAGGCAGAUUCUGGAGCGGGCACAGGCUGAGAUUGCAAAAAUCCACCAAGGGGACGAUGAAGACACUGAUGUUUCUGCCGAGAACAGUGAAUGAUAAGAAAUUCUUUGGCCUCAACAGCACCAGAAAUUGGUCGGAAUCUUUACCUGAAGAAUGCUGUUGGGCGGGGGGGGGUUGUUGGCUCUAAUGCAGACAAUGCAACAGGAGCUGUGGAGCUGCUUGGGCAGCUUCAGGUCUAACAAAGUCGGCCAUGAAGCCUUGUACUAGUAGUCUAAUAAUGUGCUUUGAAUGCAAGUCCUUAAACCCACAAAGGCUCGUUCUCACUCUUUAUACUUGUAUUCUUUUCCCUUUGAUAUAUAUAUCUAUGUGAUUUCUCCCUUGGUUCU